GGGUUGGGGGCGGGUCAGUGCUGUGCCGCUCGCUCUCCUGUACCGGGUGGAUCUCGCCGCUCCCGGUGUGGUGGUUGUGUGGUGUUGUGGUGGUGCCCGUUCGACCCCCUCACUAGCGAUAGUUUUGUGACAGCCUUCCCUCCACCUGUUUGGAGAACGACAUGGAAUACCAGAACGACCAAGAGUACAUGGAGCCGGAGGAGGAGUGGGAGCGCGAGGGUCUCCUGGACCCCGCCUGGGAGAAGCAGCAGAAAAAGACAUUUACUGCCUGGUGCAACUCCCACCUCCGGAAGGCGGGCACCCUCAUCGAGAGCAUCGAGGAAGAAUUCCGCAAUGGCCUCAAACUUAUGUUGCUCCUCGAGGUCAUCUCUGGUGAGACCCUCCCAAAACCCGACCGAGGCAAGAUGAGGUUCCACAAGAUUGCCAAUGUGAACAAGGCUCUUGACUUCAUUGCCAGCAAGGGGGUAAAGCUGGUAUCUAUUGGUGCUGAAGAAAUUGUUGAUGGCAACCUUAAGAUGACGUUAGGUAUGAUUUGGACAAUUAUUCUGAGGUUCGCCAUCCAGGACAUCAGCGUAGAGGAGAUGACUGCAAAGGAAGGUCUCCUGCUGUGGUGCCAGCGCAAGACUGCCCCCUACAAGAAUGUCAACGUGCAGAACUUCCAUACGUCCUUCAAGGAUGGUCUUGCAUUCUGUGCCCUCAUCCACCGUCACAGGCCCGACCUGCUGGACUACUCUCAGCUGUCCAAGGAUGAUCCCCUCCACAACCUUAACCUUGCCUUCGACAUUGCUGAGAAGCAUCUUGACAUCCCUAGGAUGUUGGACCCAGAUGAUCUGGUGAAUACCCCCAAAGCUGAUGAGCGCGCCAUCAUGACCUACGUGUCUUGCUACUACCAUGCCUUCCAGGGGGCCCAGCAGGCUGAGAUGGCAGCCAACCGCAUCUGCAAGGUGCUGAAGGUUAACCAGGAGAACGAGCGCCUCAUGGAGGAAUACGAACGCCUCACCUCCGACCUGCUGGAAUGGAUCCGCCGCACCUUGCCGUGGCUCCAGGCUCGCCAGCAGGACAACACUCUGGCUGAUCUGCAGAAGAAGUUAGAAGAGUACCGUCUAUAUCGUCGCAACCACAAGCCCCCGCGUGUAGAGCAGAAAGCUAGGCUAGAGACCAACUUCAACACGCUCCAGACCAAACUUCGCCUCUCCAACCGUCCUGCAUACCUUCCCUCUGAAGGAAAGAGUGUCACUGAUAUUGCCAAUGCAUGGAAGAAUCUUGAAGGCUGUGAGAAAUCUUUUGAAGAGUGGCUGCUUUCUGAGAUGAUGAGGUUGGAGCGUCUUGAGCACCUUGCCAAGAAAUUCAAGCACAAAGCAGAGAUUCAUGAGUCCUGGACUGCUGGAAAGGAAGAAAUGUUGCAAAGUCAAGAUUUCAGACAUUGCAAGCUUAAUGAACUCAAAGCUCUUAAGAAGAAGCACGAAGCCUUUGAAUCUGAUUUGGCUGCACACCAGGAUCGUGUAGAGCAGAUUGCUGCCAUUGCACAGGAAUUGAAUGCCCUGGACUAUUAUGACUCGGCAACAAUUAAUUCUCGCUGCCAGUCAAUUUGUGACCAAUGGGAUCGUCUUGGCACCCUCACAACCUCUCGCAGGAAUGCUCUAGAAGAGACCGAGAAAUUGUUAGAGAAGAUUGACCAGCUUCACCUUGAAUUUGCCAAGAGGGCAGCACCUUUCAACAACUGGCUGGAUGGAGCAUGUGAAGACCUGGUUGACAUGUUCAUCGUGCACACCAUUGAAGAGAUCCAAGGCUUGAUUGAUGCUCAUAAUCAGUUCAAGGCAACUCUAGGCGAGGCUGAUAAGGAGUAUCAGGCCAUCAUUUCUCUGGUGACAGAAGUUCAGCACAUGGCCCAGCAGUACCAGAUACCAGGUGGUCUUGACAACCCCUACACUACCCUCACUGCACAGGUGAUCUCGAGCAAGUGGGGAGAGGUGAGGAAGUUGGUGCCUCAGCGUGAUGGAACCCUCCAGGCUGAGCUCCAAAAGCAGCAGAACAAUGAGAGUCUACGGCGCCAGUUUGCUGAAAAAGCCAAUGGUGUGGGCCCUUGGAUUGAAAAACAGAUGGAUGCUGUUGCAGCUAUUGGCAUGGGCAUGCACGGUUCUGUUCUUGAGGAUCAGCUAAACCGUCUGAAGGACUAUGAAGCUGCUGUUGUUGGCAAUAAGGCAAUCAUGGACGAGAUGGAGAAGAUCCACCAAGCUGUGCAGGAGUCUAUGAUCUUCGAGAAUAGGUAUACCCAAUACACGAUGGAGACACUGCGUGUUGGGUGGGAACAGUUGCUGACAUCCAUUAACCGCACCAUUAAUGAAGUAGAGAACCAAAUCCUCACCCGUGACUCAAAGGGUAUCAGCCAAGAACAGCUCAACGAGUUCCGUUCGUCCUUCAACCACUUUGAUAAGAACAGGGGUGGCCGAUUGGCUCCAGAUGAAUUCAAAUCUUGCUUGAUAUCUCUGGGAUACUCCAUUGGUAAGGACCGUCAAGGUGAGAUCGACUUCCAGCGCAUCAUUAGCAUUGUCGAUCCUAACAGCACUGGUUUCAUUCAAUUUGAUGCCUUCUUGGACUUCAUGACCCGUGAGAAUGUGGAUUCAGACACAGCUGAACAAGUCAUUGACUCCUUCAGGAUUCUUGCUGGAGACAAGCCAUACAUCCUGCCAGAAGAGCUGCAGCGUGAACUUCCCCCUGACCAGGCCGAGUACUGUAUCCAGCGCAUGCAGCCUUUCACUGGUUCUGGUGCUCCUCCUGAGGCUCUUGACUACAUGUCCUUCUCCACUUCCCUUUAUGGUGAAUCUGACCUGUAAAUCCUGCUCAUUUAAUCUCGGGAAAGGGGGAGGGGUGAAACCUCGCACACUAUCAACGUAAAGAGGGUAAACCACCUAUCAUCAGGCCCUCGGUUCAGCUUAUCAGUGACAGAGUGAAGUCACAGCAAGGUACAGUGUUUCAUGUGAACCAUCAUUUUCAUUUCCAAGUUAACUAUUUUGAAAAGUGGACCCAAGAUGAGAGUGUCUAGUGAUAUGACUUACGAACUACAUAGAUCAUACUAUGUAUCCUGGCGAUACGUAAAGCAAAUUUAAUUUUUUCUUUAAAUGGAGACCAUUAUUAAACCCUAGUCCUGCCAGUAUUGAUACUGUUAAGGACUUUGCUCUGCACAAAUGUUUGAAUCUAGGGGCAGUGACUGGUACUCGUAUGAUCUCAACAGUUCCUAUGGAAGUGUUGUCUGUUUUGAAUGCUAGUCACAGCUUCUGGACAGCGUGGUUUACGUGGCAGGUUAGACAAAAUAUCUGCAGGUGCUAUAGAGGAGGAGCAGGUCAAAGGCCAGAAAGCAAAACAAGUUUGAUUCAGUGCAAGCUUGUUGACAAUAUCUGCUAGAGUCUUAAUUACUCUUCAUAAGGCUCGGAUCUAUUAAUAGCUCGCAAAAAAAAAAAAAACUGGUACUUUGCCUGUAACUUAACAUUUGUGAACUAUAAGAAACCCUAUGGUAUUAAAUUUUCCCCAAACACUGCCGCCGAUAGUGCCUCCUCUUCAGUUUGUUGUUCUUCCAGUGAUCUGUCUCACCCUGUGGACCUGUAUUUCAGAAUGUCUAGGUAGAUCUGCUUAGACAUAGGAAGUAGAUAUGGUGACUAGCCAGUCAAAAUGUGAUGGCCCAUCAGUAUCGAAGUGAUAUAAUACUGUACAGUAUAUUAAAAGCUGAUCUGACCUAAUAUUCUAGAAUCCGGGUCUCCAUGUCUCAUAGUGUAAUUAUGGAAUCUAGUCCUAACUGCUGUAGCCGAGCCAACUUUCUUAAAGCCAGAAAGCUGCUGCUUCAUAAGCAGAGUUUUUGUUGUAAAUAUAUUCUCAAUAUUUUAUUACAAAAAUACUGCUUUUUCUAUGCUAAUGUAAAUUAAAACUACUGAUCUUCCUUGAAUGGUUUGUGAUGUGUAUAAUGCCUUUUGUGUGCUCCAACAUUUGGUUCUGUAAAAAACAUCCUGUAAUAUUUAAAUUCAUAUUAAAGUUUAUUUAAAAAGUGGGUGAAGGUGAUUACCUGCUUUAAAUUCAUUGGUUGAAGGGCAUUGCUAAUCUGCAAAGGCCCAUUUUUCACACCAGUGCUCCUCUCAGUGUAUGACUACAAAAAUUUGUAUGUGCUUUGUUUAUAUGAGAAUUGCAAUUGUGUUUGUUGUAAGUAGAUAGCAUUUGUCAAAGUUUUGAUCUUAUCUGUAAUUAUCCUAGGGCAACAUUAUUUAUUGUUACAGGCAAUAAUAAUCACAGUGAUAACUAGGAACCACUGUGACAUGAUCUUACACGUACUUUAAAUACAUUAUUUUAUAAAUAUACGUCUGCUCACAUGGUUUCUUAGUUGUUUCAGUGUUUACCAACUACAGUGUAUUACACGUUUUGUGUAAAAUCUACAAUAAUAAAAAGCUAAAGAAA